AGAAGACUGGGAAGGAACCAGAAGGUUCGGAGACUGGAUCGGGAAGCCUAGAAGCUUCUAGAAAAUUCACAAGCCCAAACUGAGGCCUCCAAUAAGGCCCAACUGUAAGCCUAAUACAGCCUAAAGUAGCAAUUGAACUAGGCGCGAGCACAUUCCCGCGGUAAUUUCAACUGCCGCCUCCCCAAACUAAAACGGCAGAGGCAAUUGCAAUAUUCCUCGACACGGGUGGGAAAAAUUUAGUUCCAUCAAAAUUCAAAAUAUUCCUAAAUUUAGUCCCACCACACGCCGGCCUCUGUUUUAGAUUUAAACCAAACCCAUCAACUCAAACUCUUCGCGCCUCCCAAUUCCCGCUUCGCCUUCCCCGCCCUCUAAAUUCCUCUCCCUCUCCCUUUCCUUCCAACUCCCCGCCCUUUGAUUCGCAAUCUUUCUCUUCUCUUCACUGUGAAUCAUGGAGCUACCACCAUCCAAAAGGUACAAGCUUCUCCACCAACAAGAAGACCUCUCCCAUGGUCCUUACUUCCUCGAAUCUCUUCCUGCGAAAAAGAGAUUAUCCUGCUUCACAGCAGCCGUCUGCCUCCCGGCCAAAAAGAGAGUAUGGGCUCCUUUCCACGCUUCCUCUAUCGACCUCAACCUGCGGCCUGGCGACGAAGCUGAGGAAGAAGAGGGACCGAAGGAACCAGCCAGCUGCGGAGAAGAAGCAGACGAGGAAGAUGACGGCGUCAUCUGUGCAGUCUGCCGGAGCACCGACGGCGACCCACUCGACCCCAUCGUGUUCUGUGACGGCUGCGAUCUCAUGGUUCACGCUUCCUGCUACGGCAGCCCUCUCAUCGAUUCGAUCCCUGAAGGCGACUGGUUCUGCACGCUGUGUGAGCGUCGGCCCGAGAAGGGGGCUGCGGAGACGAGUUGCUGCCUCUGCCCCGUGCAGGGCGGCGCGAUGAAGCUGACGGAGGAUGGCCGGUGGGCGCACAUCGUGUGCGCUCUCUUCGUGCCGGAGGUCUUUUUCCGGGACCCCAAAGGCCGAGAGGGUGUCGACUGUUCCCGCGUCCCUGAUAGGCGGUGGAAGCAGAUAUGCUAUCUUUGCGGCGCGGCCGGUGGGUGUGCAGUCGAGUGCUCGGAGCCCAAAUGCAGGUUGAGUUUCCAUGUGUCAUGCGGGCUGGAGCAGCGGCUUUGCUUUGAGUACAAGGAGUGGCGCGGCGCGGCCAUUGUUGCCGGAUUCUGUGCGGAGCACACAAAGCUCUGGGUGAAGCAACAACAAAGUGGAAAGUUCAGGAUCGUGGCAAGGGAGGAGCAGGAGGAUCGAAAGGGGAAGGGCAAAGCUUGAAGCUGGGUUGCCUUGCAGGGUGCAACUCUGUUGGUUCUUGUUCAUUUACAGCUUUGUCUUAACUUGGUGUUCUGUUUUAUUUAAAGUUCCUGAUCUUGAUGACCUUUUGAAUGUGUGGAGGUGCUGGAUUUUGAUUCAGAAAUUACAGUAUGUCGUGCAAACUCCAAUUGAUAUUUAAAUUUAUUGUGUUUGAUUUGUGAA